UCUGUGUGUGUGUGUGUGUGUGUGUCUGUGUGAGAGAGAGGAUCAGGAGCUGAACUCCUUCAGCACCGAGCCUGCUAAACCCAGUCUGUCGCGGCUGCAUUGUGAAGCAGCCAGCACUGAUGUUGUAUUGCCAUUGACAUUUCCUGCUUCAGGCGCCAACCAAUGAGCUCGGAGCAGCGCCGGAGCGACGACACAUGAAAUAUGAUAAUUUGCUGUUUGAUAGCCAGAGAGAGAAGAACUGGUCCUAUUGCGAUGGUUUCCCUGACAGGGCCAAGCAAAUGGGGCUUCUUUUCAGUGGGUACCUGGAUGAGGGGGUGCUGAAGGACUUUACCUCUGGGAGAAGCAGAGGGCACCGUUAUCCAGUUUUUAGCACGGCUAACUCAGUGCAAGUGGCGAGGUUUGAGAGGAAUGACCUGGAACUCAAGUGAUUGUCAAUUACUGUGACAACAGCUCAAAGGAUAACAACUGUGACAAGUCAAGUAAUGAAACUGGAUUAGAGAUUUCAACAAAUCUACAGAGUGUAAAAUAAGAGAAUGGAUGUGUUUUAAUAUCAGCAUUAACCAAAAGGAAGAAUAAAAAAGAAGCAUAUUUUCCAAAUGGUGAGCGAUUACAGAGCUUUGGCCUACAAAGAGACCUGAAUGUCCUUAUCUAUGAACCACAAAAGGAAGAAAUAUCUCUACCCAGAGAAUGGUUAUAGAGUAGAGGCGUGGAGCAUCACAGCGCACUGUUUUGAAUAUCUGUCAGAACAUAACUAAAACAGGAGCUCGUGAAGAACCAAAAUCAGGAACUACAGGAAUACAGUCAACUCCAAGCGAUAAUGGAAGAAAACAGAAGCUGUGAAGAAGACUCCAGGAAAAUGGUUUGGAAUGACAAUCUUGAAGUCGCAUACGAUUGAUAAUUGCCUUCAAAGGAACUCACCAUGAAGUGAACUUUGAAUAAAUGUCCCUUUUGCUUUGCAUCAGUUACCAAGCAGGAACACUUUUAUCAGCACCGUAACAAAGUAAACUGUUGGAACAUUCUCAACACAUGUGAGCAACGCAGGGGUUUUGUUGUUUUCUGAAAGGUUUAGCAAAUGAAUCCUGCCAAGCUCCAACGCUAUAGCACUUGAAGGUCAUGGAUCCUGAGCCAAACAGUACCCGUCAGAAGAGUACAGGAAGGGUCGAGCAGAGCCCUUGUAGAACAUCGAGCACGGGUGACAUUUCCCCCUCAGCUGUAAUGUCCACCGUUGCCUACCAACCAAGCCAGCUCCAUCCUCCAGGAAGCCUCGGUGGUGACAUUGUGCCUCCCCCACCGUGUUUCUCAGCCCCGCUGCAUCUUUCCACAGGGGAGCGUGCCCACCUCCAGACCCCAGCGCACGACCAGCCCAAAUCCCACGCGGGCGCUUACUCCUUUGAGCAACCGCAGCACGUCCCAGCCCAGCUCCGGCAGCAGCCUGUGCCCCCAACGUUCAUGGCCCCGGUAAAACCCGAACUCAGCCUGGAGAGACGCUCCUGGCAGCUGUUUGACCCUCGAGGCCCUGUGGCAUCAGGCUCUUACGCCCACAGCGGGCUUCCCUUGCACGGUGGGCACCUUCUCCCUUCCCACUGUCCCCCCAAGGAGGACCUUGUCUAUGGUCACCAGGUGCCCCCGAAGCAAGACGAGGCGCCCAGGAAGGAGCGGAAACCGCAAAAGCCUGGCAAGUACAUCUGCCAUUUCUGUGGGCGGCCGUGCGCCAAGCCCAGCGUGCUCCAGAAACACAUCAGGUCCCACACCGGUGAGCGCCCAUACCCCUGCCACUCCUGCGGCUUCUCGUUCAAGACCAAAAGCAACUUGUACAAGCAUCGUAAAUCCCACGCUCACAAGCUCAAAGCGGGGCUGGUGCCGGGCGGCAAGGGCGAGAUGUUUGAAGGAGCCUCUGCCCUGGAGAUGGAGAAACUGAGCGGGGACGAACCAGAGGAGCACACCGAGGGGGACGAAAGCACCGAUUCGGAGGACGAGACCACGGCCAUGUCCGCUCACCCGCUCGCUGACCUGCCCCCCAAGCACAAACACAUUCCGAGCUCCAGUUCCCUUGCUGCCCAGGAACCGAGCCCCCGGCGAUCCACCUUCACGUUAGCGCAGCAGAAUGAGACGCCGUCUCUGGAGGAGGGCUCGCAGGCCUCUGAGUCCUCCUCCCUUGACCUUUCCUUCAGCCACAAACCCGAAGACUCUCACACCAUCAAGCAAAAACUGGCGCUGCGGCUGAGUGAAAGGAGGAAGGCGUUGGCCGACGAACAGUCCAACACUUUCCUGAGUCCUGGGAGCAAAGGGAGCACAGAGUCGGGUUACUUCUCCCGCUCGGAUAGCGCUGAGCUGCAAAUCAGCCCUCCCCAGACCAGCGCAAAGUCCUACGCCGAGAUCAUCCUCGGCAAGUAUGGCCGGUAUGGUCAGAAAACAUCCAUGAUAGCAGCAAGUGCCACCCAGAGGACACAGCAGAUGGCCUUGGAAGACAAACCCAGUGGCCUUUCGUUUUCCCUGCCCAAGGCCCAAAUGGAACAGAACGUCAUUGAACACAUCACCAAGCUCAUCACCAUCAAUGAGGCGGUGGUGGAUACCAGUCAAAUUGACAGCGUCAAGCCUCGUAGAACCUCACUGUCCAGACGCGGUAGCAUUGAGUCUCCAAAGCCAAGUACCUCCAGGGAAUCUUUCCAGUUUGACCUAAAGCCGCUGGGCUCUGACCCCAGUAGACACCCGUUCUCAGCGGCACGCCAUGCCCACAGUACCACUGAAACAGUGCCUCUGACCAGGAGCAACUCCAUGCCUUCUGCAGGCAGCGCCUGCUUUCCGCAAACAUUCAAGGGAAGCUACUCCUUCGAUGACAGGAUGGCUGACCCAGAGCAGGUCUACAGCCAGAGCCACGGGCUCGUCUCCCAGCACCGCAUGCUGAAGAGGCAGAAGGCCAUAGAGUUGCCUUCGGGCAUGGAGUACCAGACGGAGGAAGGCGGCUAUUUGGCCAAAGAGAUGCAGGUGCCACCCAGCAGGUCGGGUGAGGAGCAGGAGCCUGCAGAGGGCGAUCCCACCAAAAAGACCAAGAGAGGCUCCCGGGUGAAGGGGCUGAUGUACGAGUGUGACAUCUGUGGGGCCCGGUACCGUAAACGGAACAACUACGAGACGCACAAGAAGUAUUACUGCUCGGAACUGCACGCCCCAAGGUCCCGGCCUUACCUGGCACAUGUUCCUCGAGAAAGCCAACGUGGAGCUCUACCUCAUGAUAUGCAGCCACAGAUGGUGCACUACAAGCUACGCCCAUCGCUCGAGCUCACACCGGCGAGGAAGAGGAGGAAAGAGAAGAGCCUUGGCGAUGACGAGGAACCACCGGGUGACUACAGCAGUCGAUCAGCCGCCGCCUCUUCCUCUUCCGUUGCUGUGCCCAGCGUGCCAUCCAGUGUUGGGGCAGCGGCCCCCCCCAGUUCGGCACCCCUGUCAUCUCCGACGUCCGGCAGCCCCUCGGGAUUGACCCGCCCUGGAGCUAAAAGUGAAGCCAUGGAAGUGGGUUUGGAGUCGGGCGCCGGAGCUGGGCCCAUGUCGACUGAACCCCAGGCCCUGGGUUCAGAGAGUGGCAGCAAAAGAGCAACCGCAAAAGAAAUCUCAGUAAUCCAGCACACCAACGCUCUCAGCAGGCCCAGUUCAUUCGAAAAAUCAGAAUCUCUUGAGCACCUCAGCAGCGUGAGUUCGCAAGAAAGCCUGUCCAUUGAGUAUCCCCCACAAACAGCAGGGGCAGAACCAGCGUUAGCUUGGCACUCUGCCCCUCAACAUUCUCGCCAUCAUCACCAUCCCUUACAAGCCCGACUGGUCCGCCAACGCAAAAUCCAAGUCCCUGAAAUCCUUGUGACCGAGGAGCCGGAAAAAUCGGAGAGUGACAAAGAGGUGGCCACCAAAGAGCCAGAAAGGGCUCCUGAGGAGUUCCAGUGGCCCCAGAGAAGUCAGACCCUUUCACAGUUUCCAACUGAGAAGCUGCCGCCCAAAAAGAAGAGGUUACGCCUGGCUGAGAUGUCGCAGUCUUCGGGAGAAUCGAGUUUUGAGUCCGUCACGCUGGCGAGGAGCCCGAGUCAAGAGAGCAGUAUCUCCCAUGGUUCCAGCCGCUCAGCAUCAUUUGAAAGGGAAGAGCAUUGUAAACCACCAGAAGCCGCCUCAUUAAAGGAAGCGGCUGGGCCGCUGUCCGAGAUCCAUGCCAGGCCCCUGGGCUCUCACAUGCUGACCGUGCCUGCUCACUACCAUCACCAACGUGAAAUGAGGCGGUCCUCCUCCGAACAAGCCUCCAGCGGACAGUAUCCUUCAGAAGCAUCUGAGGCUCGCAGCAAGUCGUUUGAUUACGGGAGCCUGUCUUCCGAUUCGUCCUCCAGCUUGAAGCUGGCCUCCCCUUUGAAAGAGCGGAGAAGGUGUUUCUUGGUGCGCCAGACCUCAUUGAGUGGCUAUGGCGAAUCUGAACAAGAGGCCAAAUCCGGCUCGAAGCAAGAUAAACUCGAACAGGUCCACAGCCCUGGCACGUCUUCUGCUCGCGGGCCAAGUUGUCUCUAUCGUUCUUCCCCCCCUCCUCCUCCGCCAUUGCCUCAUUCCUGCCAGCCCAGUGUUUCCCAGAUGCCAUCUGAUGCUGCCCAACUGUUUUAUACCCAGCCACCAACCGAGGCCUUCCAAGCGUUUCAGCAGCCAUUACCACAAGCAGUGCCGCAACAGAAGCAAUACAUGCCGCAUCAGCAGCAGCUCUCUCCUUUCCUGGCUCAGCACCAUCUUCAGCAGCAAGGGCAGAUACCAUCGCUGCUGCCAACAUCGGUGAUGCCAGAGGUGCUUUCUACUCCUGUAGCUCUGCCUCACAUCCCUUAUCCUCUGUUUCCAUCGCCGCAGCUGUCUAUUCAACCAGCCCAGUUGCAGCCUGCACAACAGCUUCUACAACAGCCUGUUGAGUUGCCUGUUCAUCCCUCGUCACUACUGCACAGACAGCGAUUGGCUCCCUCGUCCACUUCACAAGCUGCCUACCUGCCCUUACACUCGCAGCUGGCCUACCAGCUGCAAGCAGAAACUGGUGGUCAUUUCAGGGAGCCAAAGCUCAUGUCGCAUCUGUCUCCCCCAAUCCGUGUUGCUUCUUCCUCGCCACCUUUCCCUUUGCAGCCCGAGUACAGUUCAGCCGGUGCGGUCCUCUCUUCAGCCAUCUCCUCUCCAGGCACUGCAUCGUUCGCGACGUCGCAGCCCGCAGUCACUGAAUUUCCCGAGCUCCUGCAGCCUGUGGUGUCGCUUGUGGUGCCCGUCAGAGUGCAGACCCAUAUGCCAACCUACGGCAGUGCCAUGUACACUACCCUGUCACAGAUGUUGGUGACGCAGUCAGCAGAAAGUCCUCCUGCAGUGGUCAUUUGCAGAGUGGAAGAUAGCAAACCCAAAGGUACCCUUGUAUGUACUGCAGCAAUGCAGGGGAUAGGGCUCGAUUUGUCACAGAUGAUUGCUGGCCACCAUAGGGAUUUGUUCCAAUCACCCUACUUAAGAAUUCCAUUACCCAUGACAGAAAGAAAGGGUUAUAUACCACUCACCUCACCAACAGAGGGCAUGUGUGGCACAGAUAGUUAUCAGACCACCAUUGGGGGAAGCAAACGAAUGUUGUCUCCAGCAGGUAGCUUAGAACUGACCAUGGAGACCCAACAACAGAAACGUGUGAAGGAGGAAGAGAUUGAAGAGGAAUCUGAGGAGAGCACUGAACCAGUCAAACAUUUAGGUACAAUGCAUACAAGGCCAGAGGAUGCUACAAAACUACAGAAACAUCAGCUGGCAAAACAACUGGGUGAGUCCAAGGCCACACCUACUCAAGCCUCGCAAGAGUGGGAUUCUGGUGCAAAGCAGACACUACCCCUCCCACAGUUCCCCCUUCAGCCACCUGGACCGUCUGAAGUAUACAAACCUUGGCCCGGACACCAAUACAGAAGUAAAGUGCUUUUAGGCCCUGUGAAGAAGGAAGAUUCCCAGGACACUCUCAAAGAGAGAGCCCCUGCUCACGUGCAAGAGCUUCAUCAACCUACCACCAGCACUUUACCUGAGCCACCCACUAGUCCUAGCCCUGCAAAGCCCAGCGCCCUUCUGACAGAGCUUAGUGAUAUCCAGCAGGUACUGCACUUCCCAAGCCUCCAUACAACCACUAAUGUCAGUUGGUGCUACCUGAAGUACACCAAACCAAAUCCUAUGCAGCAAACUGACCGAAGAUCUUCGGUGUAUGCUAGUUGGUCCAUCAGCUUGUACAAUCCCAACCUACCUGGCAUGUCGACCAAACUAAGCCUUGCCCUCCUGAGAUCAAAGCAGAAAACCAGCAAGGAAAUCUACACCAUGGCAGCAGCUCCACGACGAGAGACUGGAAAACUGGUCCCAUCAAACACAAGGAAGCUCCGGGUUAGCGAGAUUCAUACACCUGCCCCUCUUCCUGGUGAUGGUAGAAAAGAAGUCUGCAAAAUAGAGAAGGAAGAAGAAAGGAGGGAGAAACAUGAAGAUGAAACAUCAACACCCAAGAGACUGGAACCAACUAGAAUUAAGAUUUUUGAAGGAGGGUUUAAGUCUAAUGAAGAUUAUGUUUAUGUGCGAGGGCGAGGAAGGGGAAAGUAUGUGUGCGAGGAAUGUGGGAUUCGCUGUAAGAAACCCAGCAUGCUGAAGAAACACAUUCGUACACACACAGACCUCCGACCAUACGUCUGCAACUAUUGUAAUUUUGCGUUCAAAACCAAAGGGAACUUGACAAAGCACAUGAAGUCAAAGGCUCACAGUAAGAAGUGCCAGGAGAUGGGAGUGGCUGUUGCAUUAAUGGAAGACGUGGAAUCUGAAGAAGGAACCAGUGAGGAAAAGUUGAAGAAAUCAGAAGAAAUUGAGGGCACAGACCCAGCCGAAGAGCAUCAGUUUUCAGAUGUUGAGGAGUCAGAUGAUGAUGACGACAAUGACGAUGAUGAUGAAGAGGAGGAGGAAGAGGAACAGUUUGUGAAAUCUUCAGAGAUUGCAAGUACCAGUUCACAAACCACUGGGACUGUGUCAACGUCAUACAGAGGGGAAACUUCCAUCCUGUCACUAGAGACCACUUCAAAGCAGGGAUCUAGUUUAACCAGUCAGUAUUCAUUGACAGGUUACCCCAUGUCACCACCUCAACUUCAUACUGCAAAUCCAAUGAAAUCCUCAGAGUCAGGCAUGGUUCCUGUGUGUCAUGGUGUCUCACAGGCAAAACCUGAAGGAAGUAUCUCAAUGCCACCAUUGACAUCUGCUGAACAAUUUUUACCGAUGCAAGGAGAUCCUCUGCUGAAAAGGCAGACCAUGCUAAGUCCAGAUAUUUCACCACCAAGAGACACUUCACCUAGAAGGCCAUGGUCUCCAAAAAGGGAAUCUUCACCUAGUAGCCUUUUAUAUCCAGGCGGGGACAUCCCAUCUGGGAAACACACAUCACCAGAAAGAGACGCAUUGGUUCAAGAGCACUUGUCCCCACCAAAAGAGAUGUCCCCUCGGAGACAUUUUUCACCAGGCAGAGAAUUAUCAUCCAGGAGCUGCCCAUCACCAGGGAGAGGUAUGUCACCAAGGAGACGUCUCUCUCCAGGCAGAGAGGUGUCACCAAAGAGAUGUCUAUCACCAAGGAUCGAAGUGUCGUCUGGGAGAGUGUCACCUCAAGCGCGUUUAUCACCAGAAAGAGAUGUGUCACCUGGGAGAACUUUGUCACCAGGUAUGAAAAUGUUGCCUUCAAGGUACCUUUCUCCAGCAAGAGAGAUCUCUCCAAGGAGACAACCGUCACCAGUACAGAAAGAAUCGUCUUUAAGACACUUAUCCCCAGUAAAGGAUGAAUUGCCAAGUAAAUGCCUGACAUCAAGUUGGCAGAGUGCCCAAGGCUCUUCUUUUCCUGCAAAGCACAGUGGCUCAUCUUCAUUGGGUCUACCUCCAAGGAUAUCUAGCAAAGAGCUGGAACAAUCUGAAUCUAAAAUGAAGAUGUCUAGAAUGGGCUAUCACAGUAUACACGAAGAGCCAAGUACACCAUCCCACGCCUUGCAUUUUCUUUCUUCAAGAAAUACUCAAACUGCACUGGAAGGACAAAGUUACAGUGGGCUGACUGGGACCGCACAAGAUUAUGUUUUCAGUCAUCUUCCUCUGCACUCACAGCAGCUGGUCAGGACACCCUACCCCAUGAUUCCAAUUGGUGGAAUUCAGAUGGUUCAAUCAAGGCCAGGCUGUCAUUUAGGCUUGGUGCCUUCUGCAAUAGUCUCUCUACAGUCAGGCAUUCCUGUGAAUCCAACUGCACUUGAUUCCUUUAGUGCAACUAGGACAGAGACCACAGUACAUUUCGAAGAAGGAGUUUUGCUGAGACCCAAAUCAGCCGAAGCAGUGACUUCAAAAUCUUUGCCUUUGCCACAGCUUUCAGUUCCUACAGCCCCUGUUGUGACAGUACCUUCUCUUGCUAGAAGUAGUAAACCAAGCGUUACUUUACAGAGGAUAGAGACUGUUGAGCUAGAAGAAACAGCAACAUACAAACAGGAGGAAUACAGGGUACCAAUUUAUUCUGAACCCAGCACUAUCGCCGCUCUGAGCCACUUGGGGCAAGAUGCUGGCUCAGCCAGACUGGACAGCCCCAGCACCAGCCACGAGCACUCUCCAAAGCCUUCGACAAGUGGAGAAGGAUCUUCAAAGGAUGUGAGCAAGAAGCAGUUUGGGUGUUCAGGCACCUACUAUGAGUCAGCCUGCACUUUAGCCACCACGCAACCUGCACAUCCUUUACAGGGAAGCAGCAGUAGUUCAUCAGAGUCUUCAAAUCCUUCCCGCUCUUUCCAAACCUGUACUGGCAGGACUGCUUCAAGUGGACAAUGUCACCCAGUUAGAACGCAAAGCGGAAGCAGCCCGGAGUAUAAAGAUGAAGGCUUUGUGCACCUUGAUAUGCAAAAGGACAAUAAGACAGGAAGUUCAUAGCAUCCACAGCCAUGCAGAUUCACCUUUUGAAGAAGAUGCAGUGGGCAUUUGUCAACACUAUUUUCCUUCCUCAUACUCAUGAAUGUUGUUCGAACAAAACAUUCGCAUAUAUAUAUAUAUAUUGUAAACAUGACCAAAAUCAUCAGAAAAUUCCUGUUUAAAAUUGUCCAAGUCCAGUAUUAUUUAAAUGUACACAGUUACUUGUGCCUUUCUCUUAUUUUGUGGCUACAGAUGUAUAGGAUGAGAAGGGGGGGGGGGAAGGGUGAAGAGAAAAUGAUUUGAGGCUGUGAAUAUUUUUAAAAGCAAUGUAAUUGAUUCAGAGUAGCUGUCUGUUUUUUCAUUUGGAAUUACUUUGAGUCAAAUGACGUGAAACAAAAGGGAUUAAAACAUUGGUGUGAUGAUGCACUGAAGACUUAUUUUUAUAUUGAUAAAAUGUAAACUGCUUGUGUACAGAAAUAAUUCUAUGAAGCAUAUUUAUUGUAUUCUGUAUUUAAUUGUUUAUAAAUGGCUACAUUUUCUCAGCAUCUUGGUGGUCUUUCUGUGCGCUUUUUAUAGCUUCUGAAGCAGAAAUGAUUACAAAACAAUUGCUUGAUUUUGACCAUGAUUUUGUUUACCCUUUUGCAAUGAUUGACUCUCAGCACUUAGGCUAUCCUGAUAAGGAUUCUUUCACAUUUAACACCUUCUAUUAGUCUAGAGAAAACAGAAUUUAAAACAUUUUAAAACAAGGAAAAAUCAGUUGUGCAGCAAAGUUGCACAAUAUCACAGAUUCCAGACUGUGGGGGUCCAUUUUGUUUAGGAAUAUAGCUUUGUAAUAAAACACUGACCCAAAAGAUCAACCAGUUGCAUCCUGAACUACAAAUCAUGUCAGUACCCUGUGAAAAAUCUGCUAUUUAAUGCUCGAGAGGAGCUGUUAGUCCUACAGUUCCCAAAGCUGUCCGCUACUGAGGGCUUUAUUUGUUUCAUGUCUGGCUGUGUCGUAGACUAAGUGAUAAGAGAUUUAUUGCCGUAAUUAGUCAUUUGCCAUGUGACUACCAGGAUGGUGGUAGGUAAACUAUUUGGACCAUCAUCUCUCUUCUUUAUCCAGCAAUGUUAACAAUUUUGAGAUGCAGAACUUUUAAAUAAUGAAUUGAAGAUGCGCAGUUCCCAAGUCCAAAGAUGCUUUUGGAGAACCUCCUAUUUUUACUUAUUUUUGAUGUUUGUUGUGGCCUUUUUUGGGUGGGGAUGGGGAGAGAAAAGCUGAGGACAGUUACUGGUGGACUGUCUUUUCAAUAGUGUCUUUUUAGUACCUUGACUUAAUUGAAAAAGGUUUUGUCCACAGUCUGCAAUACUUUGUCAGUUCUAUUGAAUGUAAUUUUAGAUAUAAAUGUAAUCUACAUAAAAUGCACUUAAAAGCAUUUCAGACACUUUCAAGUGGAAUAUAGGUGAUGUGAAAGAGUUCUUAAGUUUUAUAUUUGCCCUCUGACAUUCCAUCAUUUUGGCUGCACUCAAUUGCUUCUGCAUAGUAUUAUUUUAAAUAUAGCUAGCAAAUGCAAAAUUAGAAAUUCCCCAUUACUGCAGUGGUCUGAAGGUUUGCCUGCGUCCGUUGUUUGAUUAUCAAAUCUCAUAACCCCUUUUCUCCACUUAAUGACCCUUUUCACUUUAAAAAUGUUGCCCAUUUUUAUGAAAAUAAUUGCUUUUGGCAUUGAAAUAUAAUAUUCCUUUAUAAUUAUCAUGUUUCUACUUGGAAAAUGCUCUGUUUACAGCCAGGGAAACCUUAUUCCACUGUGCGUGAUGAAUUCAAAGAGACAGCGUUCUUGUUUCAGAAUUACGGAGUUCCCGUGCUGUCUCAUUCGGGCUUUGAUGCAAGUUUGAUCAUUGUAGCGUAAUGUUACUGUUUAAGGCCAGCUGACUGAUUUUCUGAAUGAAUUUACGUAACAUAUCACUGACUGUUAAUUUUCUUAAGACAAACAAAAUGGGUGCAUUAUUAAAUCAGCAGUAUUUUCACUUAAAUAAGCCUCAGAACCAAGCCUGCAUGGUCCAGUGAAAAGGAGCACUGUCUCUUUUUUUUAUAUUUAAAAAAAAUUGAUGCCAAAAUAUUUGGCAGUCUUGAAGACUUUUUAGAUGAAAGAAAAAGGAAGAUCUUGAAUUGUACACUUGCAUGAUAUCAGCAGUUUGGCACUUAAUCCCACUUUAAUUCCUGUAGUGUUAACGUGAAACCUGUCUUGUUAAAUUUGAUACUUUUCAAGAAUAUUAAUUGUUCUCCUUUUCAGAGAUUGUGUAAUAAUGUUGUCUGUUUAAAAGAAAAAGUUUAUAUACAUUUUUUGUUAAAAAAGGCAAUACAUUCCAAAAGACAACUGUAAAUACAUAUAGGUAUUCUAUGUAAUUGGUAAAAUUGCCUGUAAUUAUUUUGAAACACCAAUUUCUAGUACUGCACCUUGCAACACUUGUAUGGGGUGAAACCAUAUAUAAAUGCAGGUAACAAAAGCACAGAGAUCACUGUAAAAUAAAAGAAAAUAAAUUUUAAAAAAAUAAGAAAAAAAAGGAAGAAAAAAAUAAAAGACCUGGAGGUCAGUAUUUGAUGUCUGUGAUCCCUAUUGUACACCUACACAUCUGUACUGUUAAUGGAAAUGUUUUUCACAGGUAUUCUAUUUGUCUUUACCACUGUUCAAAGUUGGUAAAGGAGUUGGGCAUAUUUUUUAAAAA